GGCGCCGGAAGAGAAGCGGGUCUCUUUGGGGCCGGCCAUCUUGUGUGGUGUCGCGAGCAGGGGGCUGGGGCCUGGGCAGCAUCGGAGGAGGAUCCCGCCGAGAGGGGCCCAUCAUGCCCGGACACCUGCAAGAAGGGUUCGGCUGCGUCGUCACCAACCGGUUCGACCAGCUCUUUGACGACGAGUCGGACCCUUUCGAGGUGCUGCGGGCGGCCGAGAGCCGGAGGAAGGAGAGCGGCGGCGGCGGCGGCAGCCAGGGGGGCGGCGGCGGGGCCCGCAGCGGGCAGGCGGCCCAGGCUAACUCCUCUGGCGGGGUCGGCAGCGGGGGCCCGGGCCAGACUGGGGGAGGCGGCGGCGGCAACAGUAGCGCAGCCAAGCAGCUGCGCAGGGAGUCGCAGAAAGAGCGCAAGAACCCGCUGCCCCCCUUCGCCGCCUCGGCCGGGGGCGCCGGCGACCGCAGGGAGGAGGGCAGCGGGCAGCCCGCCGCGCCGCUCAGGAAGGAAGGUAUAAGACGAAUUGGCAGAAGACCUGAUCAGCAGCAGCCUCAGACUGAAGGGAAGCCUAUUGAGAGGAGACAGGAGAGACGACCUCCUCGUGAACGCCGAUUUGAUAAACCUGCUGAAGAGAAGGGUGAAGGAGGGGAAUUUUCUGUGGAUAAACCCAUUAUUGACCGACUUACGCGUGGUCGUGGUGGCCCAGGUGGAAGAGGUGGACGUGGUGGUCGUGGACGUGGAAUGGGCAGAGGAGACGGCUUUGACUCCCGUGGCAAGCGUGAAUUUGACAGGCAUAGUGGAAGUGAUAGAUCUUCUCUCUCACAUUCACAUUUCAGUGGCCUAAAGCAUGAGGAUAAACGUGGUGGCAGUGGAUCACACAACUGGGGAACCGUCAAAGAUGAGCUAACUGAAUUGGAUCAAUCAAAUGUGACCGAGGAAACGCCAGAAGGAGAGGAACACCCGCCUGCUGAUUCUGAGAAUAAAGAGAAUGAGGUGGAAGAGAUCAAGGAAGAAGGCCCUAAAGAAAUGACCCUGGAUGAAUGGAAAGCUAUUCAGAAUAAGGAUCGUGCAAAAGUUGAAUUCAACAUCCGUAAACCAAAUGAGGGUGCUGAUGGGCAGUGGAAAAAAGGAUUUGUUCUUCAUAAGUCAAAGAGUGAGGAGACAAAGGGGAUGACAGAAAUGCAGGGGAGUCCGCUGGAGUCAAAUGAGGCUCAUGCUGAAGAUUCUGUAAUGGAUCAUCACUUCCGUAAACCCGCAAACGAUAUUACAUCCCAGCUGGAGAUCAAUUUUGGAGAUCUUGGUCGCCCUGGACGUGGUGGCAGAGGUGGUAGAGGUGGCCGGGGACGUGGUGGAAGAGCCAGCCGUGGAAGUAGAACUGACAAGUUGGUUAAGGAGUUUGACGUGAUUCACACACCCCAUCAGUCAAGUGCUUCUGCUCCUGAUGUAGAUGACCCAGAGGCUUUCCCAGCUCUGUCCUAAACUGGAUGUCAUAAGCCAACUCUGCCCCCUGGUUGGGCCCUCCUCUACGAGGCUUGCAUGCUUAAGGAUCCUAAACAACUAAGAAAUUUUAAAAAGGAGACUGUCAUUCAUACCAUUCACACCUAAAGACUGAAUUUUAUCUGUUUUCAAAAUGAACUUCUCUCGCUACACAGAAGCAACAAUAUGGUAGUCAGUUUUGUAUUUAGAAAUGUAAUGGUAGCAGGGAUGUUUUCAUAAUUUUUUCAGAGAUUAUGCAUUCUUCAUGGAUACUUUUUUGUAUUGCUGCUUGAAAAUAUGCGUUUCCAAACUUGAAAUAUAGGUGUGAACAGUGUGUACCAGUUAAAGCUUUCACUUCAUUUGUGUUUUUUAAUUCGGGAUUUUAGAGUUUCCCCAAACUACAAAAUGGUUUUUAAAUAUUGCAUACUAUUUCUGUUUCCUUUAAUACCUACUUAGCAGAGUUUUAUCAGCCCAUGGUCAGUUGGGAUAUGAUAAUUUAAUCUGGCAAACUGUUAGUACCAUGUGGAAUAUUGUUCUGGAAUAUUUUAGGUUUUUAAUAGUUAUUUUCAAAAUUGGAAAAAUAAGUCAUUUUUCAUCUAUCUUUGGUCGUUUGUGUAUGCAGAAUCUUUAUACAAAGUUGAUAUCAAAUACUUGAAAAAUAGUCAAAGCACAUUGGUUUAUAGUCAAAUACCUACAUAUUAGUCCAGUAGCGAUGGACAGAUAAUUGGUCUAAAAAGUUUUUUAAAAAUUAUAUUGCACCUUUCACUCCCCCUUUUCACUCUUAUUCCCUUCUCCUUAAAAAAAACUAGAUUCUUGGUAAAAGUUUAUCCUUCUUAAUAUUACUACUUGAGAAAGUAUCCUCUAGAUCUGGGUAAUUCUUUUUUGUUCUAUAAGAGUGGGAGGUGGAAAGGGAGCAUCAUCUAUUUCUAAUAGUCUAUUUAAAUUCCAUUUGGAAUAUGGAAUGUUCGCACUGCAGUAUGUUUAUAUAAAUAGAUUAUCUGAUGUAUUUACACACUGUUCCCUUACCUGCAAUCCUUGUUCGGAAGAGGAAAACAAAGGGCGUCAUUAGGUCAGGAAAUAGGAAAGAUUGAGUCAAAGUCAGUUCUUUCGGGGGGGGGAGGGGGGGAGGGGGCGAGACAUCUGUGGUCUGAAUGGAUACAAACCAAAAAACACCUUUUGCUCUAAAUUUUGUUUGAAAUUUUUGCUUUAUUUUUUCACUGUUUGGUCUCUGAUUACUAACUCACAAAUGAGUGCUUUUCACAGAGAGGGUGAUUAAAAGAAGACCCACUAUGUCCUGAAGAAAUCCCUUCUAGGUUAAUUUAAACCCUGUGAACAGGAACAUUACCACUUUCCAAAUAUGAAAGGACUUGAGAGAAUGACUAAUAAAAAUAUUUCCUAAGGAUUUUUCUCUGCAGCAUUUGUUAGGAGACUGGAAAGAGGUUGUUCAUUUUAUUUAAUGUUUUAUUCUUAGAGCAUCUUAUAAAAUAUUUGUAAUUUCUUAACCAGGUAGCUAGCAAACAAAUGGUAAUGCCCUAUUUUUUAAAAUGCUGUUUAGGACAGGCAAAAAUAUUGGAUAUCUUUGGAUAUAAAAAUGUUGCUGUUUAGCUGCCUUGCUUUAUCUAAACACUUUUCUACCUUUUCUACCCGUUCCCCCCCAAAAACAAAAACCCAAAACACAUGUGCGCUAAUUUUAAACAAAUGUUAAUGCCAUUGGAUUAGACUCUUUUAGUGUUCUUACUUGUCAGUUUAAUAUAGUAGGCUGUGUGAAGGAGUAGUUUUUCAAAUGCUGGAUGGUAAAUUUUUUUUGUUCCUGGGUCAGAUCUUCUGACACUAAACAUGUUUUAUACAGGUGCUUAGCAUUGAGGUAUUCCUGUUCCUGGCACCAUGAGGGAAUCCUUCAUUAAUUACUUUUGCUCCCUUGCAGUUGUACAUUUCACACCAUGGAAUGUGUUGAAGAUUAUAAUAGCAUCUGUCAAUUAGGAACAUCCCUGCUAAUACAGCUGUGCAAAUACCUUGAUGUCCAGAAUCACCUUUAUUGAAAAGUUUUUGCUGUAAUGAAUCCCUUCCACUUAAACUAUAUAUGUGUGUUCUUCACCAUGAAUCUUAGCUCUUUAUUCAGACUACUCCUGUGCCAGUCAAGCAUUUUGAGCCUUGCUACUGACUUUGUCACAAAAGUUGUCUGCUUCUUUGCAUAUCAGAGUAUAAAGCAAUACCUUGAAUAACAUGUCAGAUAUAAUACACCUUUUCAAGACAGCCUGUACAUAAAGUUGGUCCAUUUGCCGUUCUUCUGAUAGAUGUAAAUUUGCCUUUUAGUUCAUUUGUCAAAAACUAAAACUGUGAACUUCUCUCUAAUAGUAUUGGGUGUUGACUGACUUAAAGGUUUAUUUUCAUGCUCUUUUUUUUUUUUUUUUUUUUUAAAUGUUGAAAACAGAUAUUAUAUUAGAAUCCAUUUAAGUUGAGACAUCUCUUCUGGUUUCUGUCCCAAGUAUUCUAAGUCUUACGGUAGUAAUGCCCUGGCAUAUCCAUUGUCAGCAAUGGAUUUUGCUCUGGGUAAAUGUCUCCCUCCAUUGAUUGAUUCCAGUAUUUGCUGUUGAUGAGCUUCUUUUUGGUAAUGUCUUGUCCUCUUGCUCAUCAUGUUAUCAUGCUAAGACCAGAACUUGUUCAAAAUUUAAAAAGAUGGGUCAGAACAGAAGAGUUCACUCAGUGUUUGUGGAAGGAAAUGAACAGAUUCUCACACAAUACAAAUUGGCUUAUGAUUAUACAAAUUCAUAGGCUUGAGCAUGAAAGUUCAUCUUAUAAACUGAAUACCAUUGAUCCUGGUAGAAAAUAUUAAAGAUUGAUAGUUAAAUGCAAGUGUUGGCCUCAUGGAAAAGGGCAUAAACUAUUUUAAAGAAAAUUAAACAAGGAUAAAAAGCCUGUGUGGA